CAGUACAGCGCGAUCUUGCCAAGGAAAAACAGUUCAGUUUAAUAUUUAUUUUGUCAAAUAAAAAAUUAAUAAUAAAAUUUUAAUAAAUUAAUAAAGACAAUAUAUUAGUUACUAAUAACAAUAAUCAAAUAAAAAAUAAUUUAAAAAAUAGCUAAAUAAAUUUUGUUAUUAUUUCUUUGUUUUUUUUUUUUUAAAUGAAAUAAAAAAAUUUUAAAAAAACAAUUUUACUUUUGAUCAUACUGGAUUCUGAAGAUUGCUUUGUGAUACUGAUAUCGUCUGUUGACACAUUUGACAAUGGCUAGUUACGCUAAGGAUUUUGGAGUCACGUCGGAUCAUCCCAAUGGGAAUCCUGUCAACUUUGUCAGUCCCCUUGAGAACAGUCUCACUCUUUUGACAAGGAUUUUGGGAGUUUGUUCGGCUAUCGUGGUCAGUGGAGUUGGUGCUGAUGUGGCUUAUCAUCAACAUGUCAUGGGUUAUUACGUCACUGUGGCAUCGACAAUGAUUUUCUUCCUCGAAAUUACCUGGGCUAUCACGCUGUUCGUGCAGAUUUGUCUCAGAAAUGACGAGUCUCAUUGUUGGCGAUGCUGGUCGUUUGUUCUCAUGUUAACGAAAGGAUGGCGAAGGUCUUUGUUUUACAUUCCACUUUCUUGUAUUUUAGUAUGGAAACCGCACAACUUGUGGCUUUCCUUUGUUGCUGCUGGUCUACUGGCAGUUUUAUCAUUGUUACAUAUUACUUCGAGUAUAUUGAGUAAAAAAAAUCAUCCAGAUGGUGAUACAUUGGGUGAAAGUCUUCUUCAUACACGUCCUGAUAUUUAUGAUAGAUUUGAAGAAGUUCUGGUGACGGAUGUAUUUGAUGACAUUGCUGGUGGACCAAUGGGAAGAAUGGGUGAUAGUGAUAUGGAAAUAUGACAAGAAAAGCAGCCCUCUUGGGCUAGUGAAACAGACGAAGACAGUGAAGUUGAACAAAGAACUUGUCAAAUUGCAACGUUAUCCUAGGACAAAAUUUCUUUGUCUAUACCAACAUCCAUUAAAAAGAAAAAAAAAACAUCAUUAAAAUCACUCAAUCAUUCAAUAAACGACGUAACAAAAAAAAAUUUUUAAAAUACGAUUGCAGAAUAUUUUUCAUGUCAAUCAAUAAUUUUUAUCCGCUAAUGUACAUAAAUAUUCAACCAAAGUUUAGCUCAAUGAGCAUUAAAAUAUUAUUUCAUUUUUUAAAAAAAACUUACUAUAUAUAAAAUUAUUAUAUCAAAAAAUAAUAUUCACUGUAAAUUAUUGUAGAGUUAAAUGAUUCGAUAAUUGUAAAUUUUUAACAGAUUUUGAUGACACAGAAUCUUUAUGAUAACAAUUUUAUACCUGAUGCAUUUUUAUUAAUUAUUAUCAAUCCACAUUUAAUUAAACUACAAUAUAGUCUAAAAAAAAAAAAAAAGAAAAAAA